GGGAGACCGCAUAAAAACACCUCGUGCACGUCUUCAAUGGCUUCAGGAGUCCCUGCACUCAACUCUCACUACAACAGUCUGGAGGUGGACCACCGGGACCCCAAGAGUGUGCUGAUGUUCUGACCUUCUACCGUGACUUUUUCCUCUUUGAUUUCUGCAAAAUAAGCAGUGGCGGAUUUAAGAAGAAGGCAGCAGUUGGCUUCUUAAGCCGUAUUCACUGACGCCGCAGUGGAUCUCCAAAGUCAAGAGUAAAAAUGGCCCCUGAUGAGAGUCUCUGCACCAGUUCUUCUUAACAACUGGGCAGAGCUGGGCCAGGACUGAGGUGGUCUGAGCUAUUUGCUGGUGGAGCCGUGAUGAUCACGACCCACAUGAACGGUUAUGUGCAGGAAGGCACCGCCCAGGCCGCCAGCCACAGGGAGCGGGCAGUGGACUGCCCUGGCGACGAGAGUUGCCUCGUCAAGCCCGUGCACUGCAGUGCCCAGAUGGAGAGAAUCCAACACUACCAGGAUGAGCUGAGGAAGAGGAGGGAAGAGGAUAGCCGGGGGAAGCACGACAUUGACCCCAAUGCAUCACUGAGGCUCAGGAAACUGGCACAGAAUCCAAAAGUGGGUGUUGACAAUCCUACCUUUGAGGGGAAGGAGCAUACCACCAAAGAUGCAAUUACCGACCUGGAGGAGCUGCUGCAAGCCAUCAAGUGGGUGCAGCAAUACCUAAGUGACGCUCGGAGCCACCAGGAUGCGGAGCUGCUCAUCCAGCUGCUUGCCAAUGAUGACUUUAAGUGCGCCUACAGCAUCUACACCGUUGUGUCCCAAAAGAUGAAUCGAGUCAACCCCACCUCGCCCCUCACGGCGCAAGCGCAGGAGCUAUGCCUAGAGGUCCAGAAGAUCCUCCAGUCCAGCCAACAGAAAGAGGGCUUGGAGCUCAGGGCUCUGCUCACCAAUCCUCAUCUCCAGGCGCUGAUGCAAGCACAUGACAGCUUAGCUGUGCAGGAAAUGGCAGAGGACAACGUGAUCCAGUAUUUAGGCAAAACUGUUAAAAUGGUGCGGCUGCAUAAGACUCGUGACACUCCGCUGGGCGCGACCGUGCGUAAUGACAUGGACAGCGUGAUGGUGAGCCGGGUAGUGAAAGGCGGGACUGCGGAGCACAGCGGCCUGCUCAAUGAGGGGGAUGAGAUCCUGGAGAUCAACGGCAUUUCCCUUCGUGGGAAGCACGUCAAUGAAGUUCACGACUUACUGCAACAAAUGCACGGCACUUUGACAUUCCUUCUCAUCCCGAGCUCUCAGAUCAAAUCUGCCCCACACAGACAGACUGUGAUGCACGUACGAGCUGACUUUGACUACGACCCCUCAGAUGACCCUUUUGUGCCAUGUCGGGAGCUGGGCCUUUCUUUCCAGAAAGGGGACAUUCUUCACGUCAUCAGCCAGGAUGACCCCAACUGGUGGCAGGCCUACAGGGACGGAGAUGAAGAAAAUCAGUUACUGGCUGGACUCAUUCCAGGGAAAUGCUUCCAGCAACAGAGAGAGACCUUGAAGAGAACAACACCAGACAGGAGUCGAGAGCAGCAAGGGAAGCGUUGGUAUGUGAAGAAAAACAAGCAGCAGAAAAAGAAAAGCACAUCUCUGUGCAAAAACGCUGAAAGCGAAGACGUCCUGACCUAUGAGGAGAUGUCUCUCUAUCACCAGCCCGCCAACCGCAAACGCCCCAUAGCUCUGAUCGCUCCUACGAACAGCGGCCAUGACGAGCUGCGCCGCAGGCUACUCGUUGUUGAGCCGAACAAGUUUGCCGUCGCCGUCCCGCACACGACCAGAAGUGCAAGGAUCCACGAGCGGAACGGGCGCGAGUACCACUUUGUGAAUCGACAAAGCUUCGAGGACGACUUGUCAGCGGGGAAGUUCAUCGAGUCCGGGGAGUAUGGGAAGAACCUGUACGGAACCAGCACGGACUCUGUGCGACACGUGGUCAACUCUGGGCGCAUCUGCUUGCUCUGCCUGCACACCAGGUCGUUGAAGGUCCUGAGGUCCUCCAACCUCAAACCGUUUGUCAUCUUCAUUGCACCUCCUUCUCAAGAACGACUGCGCACCCUGCUGGCUACUGAGGGAAAAACACCCAAGCCAGAAGAUCUUAUGGAGGUCAUCGAGAAGGCUCGCGAGAUGGAGCAGGACUUCGGCCACGUUUUUGACGCCACCAUUGUGAACGCAGAGCCAAACGAGGCUUUCUUUGAACUGCGCAGGCUCAUCGAGAAGCUGGACACCGAACCGCAGUGGGUGCCCACCUCUUGGCUCUGCUGAGCUCCCCAUGGACGUUCUUGAAGGCACCAUUUGAAAGACAGAUGCUACACUGUUCAUUUGCACAUUUCCUCAAAGACGGACUCAGGUUUUUCUUACAAUUCGUCAUGUCUGUGUGUCUCCUUUGUGCUCCCCGUUUUUGCUUUAGCCAUUUAUGAAAGAUAUAUCUUAAUAUUUAUAAUUGUAAAUAUAGAUUUUCUAGGGCUAAUGUAAACAUUUUACUCCUAAAUUGGAAAAUCAAAAUGAUAUAAUGGUACAUUGCUUUAAGUGGCUGCAGUUCCAUUUGUUAAUAGAUUUAGUUUUUUUUCCUCUUCUACCACAAUCAGUAUUUUUUUUGUUUUAUCUUGUGUUCUAUUGAAAGCCCCGCAAAAGAAAUCUAUUGUCAUUAAACGGCAUAUCAUACUGCAAAAGCUUCUUGCCUCAACACGAACGUGCCUGUUCUUCAUACCUGACCAAAAUGUGUUGAAUGCAACAUUGUGGUACAAAAUGGCCGUCAGGAUCCAUUUGAUUUGACUUUGGUGAGGCCCCAACACAACAAGAUACUCGGUACACCUUUUAUUUGAUGACAUGUUGAAAUGUGUGUUAUAGCAAGAGUCUCAAUAGUUUUUUUUUUUAAACAAGGUAAUGGCACUCACACACUGUUAACUAGCACAACCCUUUUAAAAUUUACAGCAUGCGAACUGAGAAGACAAUCAAAAUCUACUUUUAAAUGUCAUC